CAGCGGGUACUGCAGCUUGGAUGAAGACCUCGAGGAUUGCUUUUUCACAGCAAAAACCUCUUUCUUCCGGAGCACGCCGAGCAAGGUCCCUGCCAAGAAUGUAACGCAGACAGUAGAAGAAGAAAAACCCGAGCCUCCGACCAUCCAGGAGAUCAAACAGAAAAUCGAAAAAUACAACGCCAAAGUUACAAACUGCCUCUUGAUGAAGCUGAACGACGAUGGGACGUACACAGGUUUCAUUAAAGUGCAUUUGAAGCUGCGUCGCCCCGUGACAGUGCUGGCAGGGAUCCGGCCGCAGUCCAUCUACGAUGCCCUCAAGGAGGUGAACCUGGCCGACACGACGGACAAGAGGACCUCUUUCUACUUGCCACUGGAUGCCAUCAAGCAGCUCCACAUCAGCAGCACGACCACGGUGAGCGAGGUGAUCCAGGGGCUCCUGAAGAAGUUCAUGGUGGUGGAUAACCCUCAGAAGUUUGCACUUUUCAAGGAGAUGCGGAAGGACGGGCAAGUGCUCUUCCAGAAGCUCCUUCUCACCGAGUUCCCCCUGUACCUGCGGCUGCUGGCGGGCCCCGACACGGAUGUGCUCAGUUUUGUGCUAAAGGAAAACGAAACAGGGGAAGUUGAGUGGGACGCAUUCUCCAUCCCAGAGUUACAGAACUUCUUGAUGAUACUGGACAAAGAAGAAAAGGACAAAAUCCAGCAAGUGCAAAGGAAGUACGAGAAGUUUAAACAGAGUCUGCAACAGACCUUGAAAGAAGCCAGAGGCAAGCCUGGAUAA